GCAUAUCAGAGCUGCAAGACUCAGAUGAAUCUUCUAGAAGCUGCAGUUUCAUCAAGGUGAACAUGGACUGCAAAAAGACCCCGAGGUUUAAACAAUAAUCCAGGAGGGGAAGUUAUACAUUAUAUGAUAAGCUAGAGAGAGAGACCGGGAGAUGUUUUCAGCCAAUAUGGAAAGAUGAUUCUGUGAAAGAGGAGGAUUGCUCCAGAGAGCAAGGAUGGCAUUUGCCCAAUCACACAUUAUGACGGCUAGAAGGCAUCAACACAGUCGACUCAUAAUUGAAGUAGAUGAGUACAGUUCCAAUCCAACACAGGCCUUCACCUUCUACAACAUUAACCAGGGACGUUUCCAACCCCCUCACGUACAAAUGGUAGAUCCUGUUCCACAUGAUGCUCCAAGAGCUCCAGGAUACACUCGUUUUGUUUGUGUGUCUGAUACUCACUCCAGAACAGAUCCAAUUCAAAUGCCUUAUGGAGAUGUUUUAAUUCAUGCUGGUGAUUUCACUGAACUGGGACUUCCUAGUGAAGUUAAAAAAUUCAACGAAUGGUUAGGUAGUCUACCAUAUGAAUACAAGAUUGUGAUAGCAGUAUCUAAACUGAAGCCAGAAAGUUACGAAAAUGUGCAAUCUCUCUUAACGAACUGCAUAUAUCUGCAAGAUUCAGAGGUAACAGUGAGAGGCUUCAGGAUAUAUGGCUCUCCAUGGCGUCAUUUGCCUCCUUUGCAAAUUCUGUAUGGCCACAUCAAAUGUUAUCCUUGGCUAGCUCUGUACAUCCAUCCAUGCACUGCUGAUUUGUUUCAGAAAGACCCAGUGAAAGAGUUGUCAGAAUCUGCACAGGCUGAUAACCAGGACCACAUUCUAAACUUAAUUAAGUUACUUAAUAUUGUAUGCUGCCCAGAGUUAUUGUGUGAGGAUAGUGAUGGGGGAUGCUAUUUGAGCGAAGGAUGGGAUGAAUUGAUGGUAGAAGUUGGCAAACCCGAGGAAGCUCUGGAGCUGCUUCCGGGAUGCAUUGACUUUUUUGGCAGUUACAGCACAGCUACUGACCCAUACUUAAGUGGUGGUCUACUAGGAUGCUUAUAUUCCUCUCACAGUUAUUACUCUUGA